GUUCGUCAGAUCUGUGCAUCAAACAGCCACACUUUCUUCUCUGCAGUGUUGAGGAAGCCAGUGAAGGAGACGAAGACGUCGCUGACUGUGCAGAAUAUAACGGCCAUUAAAGAAGAAAGAAGGUUCUGUUAGGAGAAGUAUGGAUCGCUACGGUUCUAACGGCAGAGGAGUCAUGGACGAAGUGGACAUCGCCCGCCAGCCCAACCAAAACAUCGCUGACGACGCUGUGGACGCCAAACCCGAUGGAAACGACAGCGGUAGGCGGGGACAGGCGGAGUCGAUACCAACUUCCUCUAACGUUCUGCCAAACCCUGGUGUCUCCCGCGAAGCUGAGGAGUACUUCAUGGGCAACCGGGAGCGCGGUGUAGCCCUCAUCUUCAGCCACGAGGUAUUUGAUGUUCGUCAGUAUGCAGAUGGGAACCACCGACCAAAAGAUAGGCUUGGCACAAAAGUCGACAGAGACGCUCUUCGUGAUAUGUUCAGAAGUCUUGGCUUCGAAGUACUCUGUUUCGACGAUCUAUGCCACUACCAAAUAAGGAAUGAGCUGAGACGGGUGGCCGAUCAGAAGCACAGCAACCGUGACUGCGUCGCAGUGGCGGUGCUCACGCACGGUGAGAGGAACGGCCAGCUGGACGCCAGGGACCGCGAGUACAACGUCAGCGAGCUGUGGGAACCGUUCACAGCCAGGCUGUGCCCCACUCUCGCCGGCAAACCCAAGCUCUUUUUCAUACAGGCGUGUAGGGGAACAGGUACCGAUGCCGGCGUGACGGUGAGCGACCUCACUACAGACGCGCCCGACAAUGGCCGCGCCGAGGAGCUCACUUACCCAGUGCCUUCUUACGCCGACAUCAUCGUUUCAUACUCGACAUUCGAAGGUCUAUACUCCUUCCGCAAUCCAAGAAACGGCUCGUGGUACGUUGAGACACUGUGUUCUCAACUUGAAGUCCACGGCAGAUCCAAGGACCUGGUGUCGCUGCUCACUGACGUGAAUCGCAUCGUCGGUCAGAGAUAUCGCUCAGAAAACAAGAGCCUGCCAAACCUGCAUGGCAAGGUGCAGGCGCCGUGCUUCACCUCAUCCUUGACACGGAGUCUAUGCUUCGGUCAUAAUGGCCAUGGCCACCCUCAAUGUUCCUCGCAUGAUGUCUGCCGCAAAAAACCUCAUUUCACCCAUAUUAAUGUAGAAAGUAGUUCCUAACAGUUCCUAUGUUUCCACCAAAGCACCUGAAACCCCAGCUGCUGAAUGUAAUCUGCUGUACCGCCCAGAGUCACGAUUCAUUUUGUCUUUAUUCAGUACCAUGGAUUGUCUGAGAUAUCGCUGUCUGUUUAUAAGUGACAUUAUGUCUGGUUUAUCAAUAAUUAGUAAAAUAUGACGUGGUGGCAUGCCCAGAUUUAGUUCAUAGACCACUUAAUAUAUUUAAUAAAAACUAAUUAUAAACAGUUCUACAGUAAGGUCAACUUAAUUGAACAAACACAAAGGUUCGCAAGUAGGAAAUGUAUUUAUAUCGGAUGAGUGCAUUUAAUGGGUCCUAGAUGGUGUUCAUAUCAGAGAAAUCAACAAAUAGCAUGUUCGUCAACUACACAUGAAGGUAUCCAUUUCGUAUUCCGAAUUCUGAACAUGUUCAUUUAGUCUGAAAUAUUACUUUUCAUUCCAUAAAUAAUGGCUGAGUAAUGAGUGACAAUUUGGUUUGGAUCCCUUCAAUCGGAAAUCGGCACAUUGUAUUCAGAAAUAAGGUUUGUUCAUGAAAUACAAGUAAAAAAAUGGAGAUUCUUUGUUUCCUUAAACAUCCAAAGGGGAUAUCGGAGCACCAUCUUUCCUUCUUUAUUGACGUUUUUUUGAAAAUAUACAAAAAUCGAGGAGAAUAUUUCUACCUACAGACGUUUUCAGAAAAAGUGAUGUGAAUGCUGCACUUAGUGUAACAAUGUUCUGCACACAUAUUACAGGUCAAACAAAUGUAUAUAUGAGCUUCAUUCUCAUGCAGGUAUCUAGUGCAUGGCCACUUGCAUGUUACUGUUGAUGAUUUUCCUUGCAACAUUUGAUAUGAUUAAGGUAAGAUUAAUUUUCGCGAUUGAUUUCAUCAUCAUCACCUUCAUUUCAAGCAUUAGGCCCUUCAUUGGUUCGCCUAUUACAGUACUCAUCGUUCCUUCCAUCUUCCUUGAUUUCUUCUCCAAAAUUGCUUAAAUCUUCUGAUCUGGAGAGGUAAUCUUUCUCAACUCAUCCUUUCUGGGCCUUCAUUCGAGUUUCUCCUACUUUUUGCAUUUUAUAUGUUCAGUUCAUCCUUAAUUUCUGAAUUUCUAAAUCUGUCAGUUCUUGUGCAUCAUUUUACUUUUCUUAGAAACCACACCUCUGCUGCUUGUAUGUGACGUUCUUCACGUUUACUUAUAACCCUGAGAUAAUUUCAGCCUUGUUCCUUUCCUCAUUUCAUUUUCUAGAUAUCUGUUUAUUGCUCCACAUAUAUUCCCAAGCUUUGCUAAUUUCUUUUCUACGUCUUCCUCAUAAUCAUAUGUUGCGCCAUGCCCUAAAUAGCUAAUAUUCAAUGUGUUGUUUUGUUCUGUUUUUGUCUCUAAAGGAUGUUUUGCUUUGAACGUCAUUGAUUUUGUUUCUUUUCUGAAAUAGUCAAAUGGUUUUCUUCACCAUUAUUACUAAUAAUUUUAUUCGCCUUUCUAGAUCAUCUUCAUUUUCAACUAGCAGUGUGGCAUCGUUUGCACAUAAAACACAAUUCGAGCAGGAAUAUCUGUUAAUAUCAAUCCUCCCUUUAAAAAAUCUCCUUCCAUUUCCCAAAUGCACCAACAAAAUAAAUCUUAAAAUGUGUAUUAAAAUGUGUGGGUGAAAUGCUGCACCUUUAUCUAACACUUUCGUUUGCAGCUAUAGUCUGUACCAUUUAUAUCUGAAAUUACAGCCGUGUUUUUGUGCAGAUUUUCAAAACGUUAUAGUUGUUGUGGAUAUAUUCUUUUCGUCAUAAUUGCCCACAGUUUCUUCCUGCCAACAUAAUCGUAUGCCUUAAUAAAAUCAAUAAAUACUAAGUUGGUUUCCCUGCCAUACUCCACGUGUUCUUCGAUUAUUUGUUCAGUUGUAAAUGCUGAAUCUGUUGUCGAGCUGCCCUCUGAAAUCCCAUUUGUUCUUCGCCCAAUGAAUUCUUAGCUAUAAUCUUCAACUUCUUGUUCACUAUUCUUCCAUAAACUUUGUAUGCGGGUCCAGUAAACUGGUUCCUCUAAAGUUCUCGCAGUUGUAAUGAUCUCCCUUUUUGAACAGUGAUAUCAUCUUUGUCCAUGCAAGUGCUUCUGGAAUAACUCUAUUUCUCCAGCAUAUAAAUGUAGUAAUCUCUUUUGCACUCGCAUGCAUCCAUAUCUUAUCAAUUCGGCAUACUAGUAACUUUUCUAUUCUUUGUGGAAUUGACAACUUCUUUUAAUUCGUCCACAUGUAAAUUGUCUUCACAUUUUAUUUCAGUUUUAUCCUCUUUAUUCUCUGUGGUGCAUAUUUCUUCAUACACCAAGUUCUCACAAUGUUCUAUCCAUUUUGCUUGUUGGAUGUUAUUUGUUUGAGUAACUUUUUUUCUGUUUGGCUGAGCAUUUUCAUUGUCUUGUAACCUGUCAUUUGCUUAUAAACUCGUCACAAGAUAUUUGAUGAGCUUGUUUCACUUCUCAAUUUGCUGCAUUUCUCUCUUCUUCGUAAAUUUGAUGAUUCUUCUCUAUUGUUUGAUUCAGAUAUUUAAACAUAUUGUUUUUUUUCUCUUUAUAACUUUAUCUAAUUCUGGUUUCCAAAUUUUUACUCCUAUGUUCCUUAUUACUUUUUUCUUUCUUCCUAAUAUGAGUAAAUUAAUGUGAAAAUAUGUUAUUGUUCAAUUUAUGCUCAUCAUGUUUUUCGAAUCUGUUACUUCUUUCGGAUUUUUAUCAAAAAAAUAUGUACCACAUGAAAAAAAGCACAUCUCCUCCGUUGUAACCAAGCAGGGUGUUGCAGUUGUUGAGACACUAUAUUGACAUUUGUGAAGAGUGGAUUAAAAUUCUUAUUUAGCUACACAGAUUUAUGUUAUGUUAUGUUAAUGAACUACACAUGAAUAUUUAAGGCGAAUAUUUCUUCUAAAUGAACAUGACCCAUUCCCUACCUCAGCUAUGUCCAAAUGCAGCCUAUGCUCCAUCACUAACAACAGCAUCAUCACCAGGACAAUAAACCAUAAUCUAUUUUCAUUAAUUGCAAAAAAUUAUGUUAAAAACAAUUUCAACAAUAAUGGUUAUCAAUGUAAUAACAUUAUUCAAACAGAACAUUUCCCUCUUAUACUGGUAGUGAUUUGAUGAAAAGUAUUGCCCCAUAACAGAGAAAUGUGUAUUUAAACUUUUGUAGUUAUUUAUUUCAAAUGUUAGUUUUAUAUAUUCCUAAGAAUUGAAUGCAUAUGUUUCUUUUAUGCAGACCAGAAUAUAUAAAAAUAUGUGCCAGCAGUAUUUUUAUAAGGUAUUUUUUCAUCAUUUGUUUCUUCUCGGUUCAUUUUUAUGAGCAUUUUAUUGUAUGUAACAAUUUUUGUAUUUGAAACUGUACAUCGAUCUUUAUUUUGUCAGAUAAUAGUUUAACAAUUUGUUGUUUUGUUUGAAUUUGGAAAGAAUGUCAGUUACAUUACAUUUUCUAAUUUUUGUAAAUAAUUAAAGUUAAAUAUAAAAUUAUUUUUGGUUUCUUCUACCAUGAAUUUCACUGUAAUAUAUAUCGAUAAGACAUGUCUAGAAGUUACAUGAAUAACUUGUCUGGUAACAAGGGGAAGUUAGUACAAAUUAUAAUUGUUGAGAGAGACCAAGGCUUGACUUCAAUAGAGGUGUUCAUGUUGGUGUAGGUCUUAGCAGUUACCCAGAGAAGAACAAAAUUACAGAGAACAGACUUGGAUAAAGAGCUUCAUCAAUCAUACUUUGCAGUGGAGAUCACAAUGAAGACAUGUUGUGUGUACAUUGUCUCCAUUUCUUCACAACUUGUGUUAAUGCUUUCCCAGGGAUAACAAAAAAAAAUCAUUCCAAAGCACCUCUCAGCUGCCAGUAAUUUUUUUCCUUUAUAAACUUCUUAGUAUAUGUUCAUAAUUUACUUUCCUUAAAUUUUUAUGUGGAAGUAUUGCAAAUAAAUUUCCUUCCUGCAUUUGUAGAUCUUAAUAAUUAAAGGGGUUUCCUGAUCUACAGUUUUUAGUUAAUUCUCACAACAAAACUCACUCAUUUGUGCAUAACAUUUAUGUAUAAAAAUAUACGCCUAAGGCCAUUGCCAGUUUGAGAGAGUAUAGUUCUUGAUGAUUUCUUGAUCAUUGGUAUACUUCUCUCUUCUUAUAGAAUCAUAAGUAAUAUAGAACAACAUAUUGAGAAAAGUCGCUCUUAACUGCCUCUGCUAUUCACAGAGAAGAAGUUAAAGUUGAAAAAUAUUAGUAAUAGGAGAUACAUAUUGAUGGAUAGAAAUUUAAAGCUUACAGACUGCUUGUUGUUAUGUAAGGUGUACAUUCUCAGAUGAAGAAAACUGAGAUAGCAUUUCUAAAUGAACUGUCCAGACAUUUAGCAGAAGUGGCUUACAGAAACAACAGAACAUCAGUACAAGUUUGUUUGCGUGGCCAUACUCCACAGAAAGUACAGAAAUACUUGUUUUGGCAUUCGUUAUAACUAUUUCUUCAGGCACUGCUUUUAAUAACGUUAAACGAACAAUAGUACACAACAAAAAAGAAGGAGAAACGUGGUAAUCAGUGUGAAAAAGGUUGGAAUUCAAAGUUGUGCUUAUGUGUCUUAAAUAAAGUGGUAGUGUGACCUCCAAACCAGAUGAGAGGAAAUGCAGAUCACAGCAAAUCAUCCCGAUGAUGACGCCUUAGAACAAGGAAAAGAUGAAACCUGCUUGGGAAAAAUAAAUUAAGUGGCAGCAGGAAAAGCCGGUUUAAUUUACAAAACAAGAACAUCAGUACAAUGACAUACCAUUACCAGAGCACUACUCCAGUUAUUUGACGUUAAGAUAAUGUAUUACGCAGGCCUACUGAUAAUAUGAAAUUCCACACAACGGAAUAAUCAGCUAGGAGACUGAGUUUUAGAAUUAAAUUUUUAUUCACUGAAUGAUAUAAACGUUCUUGGAAUGAGUAAAGUGAUAUUAGCUGUUUCUUUUGUUGUUGUUGAGGUCUUCAGUCCUGAGACUGGUUUGAUGCAGCUCUCCGUCUACUCUAUCCUGUGCAAGCUUUUUCAUCUCCCAGUAUGUACUGCAGCCUACAUGCCUCUGAAUCU